AUGAAGGUGGAGGUGGUGGAGACGACGCUGGUGCCGCCGAGCGAGGCGACGCCGCGGCACGCGCUGUGGCUGUCCAACCUGGACCUGGCGGUGCCCAAGACCCACACGCCGCUCGUCUACUACUACCCGAGGCCCGAUGCGCCCGCCGGUGCCGGUGCCGUGGAGGAGCGAGAGGGGGAGGGGUCGUUCUUCGACCCGGCGCGCCUGCGGGAGGCGCUCGCCAGGGCGCUGGUGGCGUUCUACCCGCUGGCGGGGCGGCUCGCGGUGGGCCAGGGGGGGCGGAUCGAGAUCGACUGCACGGGCGAGGGCGCCCUGUUCGCCGUCGCGCGUGCCGACUUCACCGGCGACGAGAUGUUCAGGGACUUCGAGCCCUCCCCCGAGGCGCGCCGCCUGCUCGUGCCCUUCGCCGCCUCCGGCGACCCGCCCUGCGUGCUCGCCAUGGUUCAGGUGACCUUCCUCAAGUGCGGCGGCGUGGCCGUGGGCACGGGCAUGCACCACGUCACGAUGGACGGCGCCGGCGCGAUCCAGUUCAUCCGGACGUGGACGGCGCUGGCGCGCGGGGAGUCCCCCUCGUGGUCGCCGUUCCACGACCGGACCCUCCUGCGCGCGCGCUCCCCGCCGCACGUGCCCUUCGAGCACCCGGUCUACUCGCCGGCGUACCUCAACGGGUCCCCGCGGCCCUUCGUGACGCGCGUCUACACCCGCCUCCGGCCGCCUCUCCCCGCCACCUACUUCGGCAACGCGAUCGUGCGGGACCUGGUGACCGUGAAGGUGGGCGACGUGCUGUCGCAGCCGCUCGGGUUCGUGGCGGACCGGAUCAAGCGCGCGGUGUCCCGCGUCGACGACGCCUUCGUGCGCUCCGUCGUCGACUACCUGGAGCUGGAGUCAGAGAAGGGCAACCAGGCGGCGCGCGGGCAGUUCAUGCCGGAGUCCGACCUGUGGGUGGUCAGCUGGCUGGGCAUGCCCAUCCACGACGCCGACUUCGGGUGGGGCCGCCCCGGGUUCGUGGCGCCCGCGCAGAUGUUCGGCAGCGGCACGGCCUACGUCACGCAGGGCUACGACAAGGACGACCCCAUCAACGUGCUCUUCGCGCUCGAGCCUCAGUACCUGCAGACCUUCGAGAAGGCCUUCUACGGGGAGUGA